AGGCUUAUAAGCACUUCAAUCAUUUUCAACCCUGUUUUUGUCAAACAGAUCCGAUUUAAAAAAAGAAAACCUCUUAUUAACGGGAAGAGAAAGGGUUUUCAAAUCCGCAUUAAAAAACCCAGAAAAAUCAUUCGUUUGUUUACUUGCCGAGCCCGAAAUUAAUUUAUCAAAUUUUCAUCUUCAGCUGCGUAGAUUUUUCCCGUUAAAAAUCUGAGUAGGUAGAUGGAUCUACCAUACCCAUUGGUAAAUCUGACAGCCAAUUUUGUCAAUUAACGGGGCGACACUUGUCUUUUCACAGUGGUCGAUCGUUGGAUCUGAGCAAGGCGUGAAAACAGACCUUAAAAGAAAAAGCAAUGUGUAGAUUUUGAGGCUGCUGCAACAUUUUAGUUCAUCAGGCAUUUUUGAAAAAAAACAUCUAUUUUUGAGAAGAUGGUGUUUUGGGAAGGGUAUGUGAGCGAUGAAGCGAUGGGGGCAUUGGCGCCCAUUGUGGUGUAUUGGAUAUAUGCGGGGACAUAUCAGAUGUUGCCACCGUUGGAUCGCUAUCGCAUGCAUUCUCGCAAGGAGGAGGAACUGCGGAAUUUGGUCUCUCUUCCCACUGUAAUUAAGGGCGUUCUUCUGCAGCAGCUUGUUCAGGCCACAGUUGCGCUCUCUCUUUUCGCGAUGACAUCAAAGGUGGGUCUAACAGGAAAGUCAGCACAACCAUCAUUCCUGGUUCAAAUUUUUCAGGUACUAAUUGGAAUGCUGGUCAUGGACACUUGGCAGUAUUUUGUGCACCGGUACAUGCAUCACAACAAAUUUCUGUACCGCCAUGUUCAUUCACAACAUCACAAGCUAGUAGUGCCGUAUGCCAUUGGUGCGUUGUACAAUCAUCCACUUGAAGGGCUUCUGCUUGAUACUCUAGGUGGUGCAAUCUCAUAUCUUGUGUCAGGAAUGACAGCACGAACUGCCGUGUUGUUUUUUUCCUUUGCAGUAGUUAAAACUGUUGAUGAUCACUGUGGGCUUUGGUUGCCUGGCAAUAUUCUCCAUAUAUUAUUUCAUAAUAACACUGCUUAUCAUGACAUCCAUCAUCAGCUUCAUGGGACCAAGUAUAAUUAUUCCCAGCCCUUUUUCAUCAUGUGGGAUAAGCUUCUUGGCACCCAUAUGCCAUACACGCUUGAGAAGCGAGCGGAUGGAGGUUUUGAAGCAAGACCUCUUAAAGACUGAUGCAUGUGAUCUGCUGUAAAAUGUUUUUCGGAGCAUAACAAGAUGAUGGUGGGUAUUUUGGUGUAUCUGGGGUUCAUAUGCUGAGUAUUUGAGAUGUAUCUUGUAUUCUUCUUAGAUUGAAGGCAAGUCAUCACGGAAAUACAGUGUAGCCUAUAGCUUUACUUGCCUUCCAAAUGUCAGAAAAAGUACUAUGAGUGAGAAGUUUACCCACAUUCAGUUUUAUAGCCUGCUUGUUAGUGUAUGGCUGUUGUAGGCACGGUUCAGAUUCUUUAGGAAAAUGCAGUGUAUUAUGGUGUUUUUUCAUAUUAUGUGCUAGUUCACUAUGGGCAUUAUUUUUGAAUUUUUCAUUUCCUAUUAACAUUAUAGUUGGAUUGCAGUUGACCAUCAUUGAUAUAAGUAGACUGUGUAUAAGUAUUGGCUAUAUUUAUGUGAUGGCUAGAAAAACUAUGUACAAACUUUUCCCUCAAAUUUAGAACAAAUCUUAUUGGAUUUA